AUGUUACACAACUCAGCUAGCCAAAGGGACAGAUACGGCAGAACUUCACGACCUACAACAAAAUCUUCGGCUGCUAAAAGAGGAAGGCGUGAUUCUUCUGUUGAACCAUCCUCGAGUGAUGAAAUGUCAGAUCUUGAUAGUGAGCUUAUUGGAAGAAACCUGGAUCCUAAUGCCUCUAUUCGAGAAUACUUUAAAAAAAAAGAUGAAGCUCUCAGCAGACGGGGCCCUCCACCAAACCGUCAUGGAAAUUUCUUGGAAGAUGAAGACCUGGCGAGUUAUGGAAUUUUGGGAGAAAAGCUUCAGAAAAAGCUUCAGAACGAACGGUAUCUGGAGGAAGAGAAGGAAAGAGAGGAGGAGGAAGCGCGGGCGAGAGCUUUUGCUCACAGAGAAAGAACGCUGCCUGGUACAAACAGAAAGUCUGCUCCUGCUCAUUCUGAACCUAAAACACACCAUCCCGCUCCCCCUAGCACAGAUGCAUCACACAUUGCCGCGGCCCCUCGUAAGAUUGGAACACCUGCCAGAGGGAAAGAAAGCGAGGAUAAUACUAUUGCAGCCAUGUCUGUAUUGAACCUAUCGGGAAAUUCUUCCAAAGAGCCAGUCAGUAACAAAGCUGGAAAAGUACGCGAACCAAACGCUCAAGUCCGUGAUAGCACUGCUAGUCAAGCUCUCCGAUCUAAGUCUAACUAUCCAGGAUGUUACAAAGUCGCGAGAGAUGUUCAUUACAAACUAAUACCAUAUGAUGAUAAACGUGCAAGAAAAGAGUUACAAGGCCGCAGUCGCUUUGUGUGCCAACUUUCUAGACGUUGCAAAUAUAUUGCUUUCGAGAAUGAAGGAGACGCUAUAAAGCAUAUGGAAACCCAUCUAGAUGAUGUUUGUAAUUUCAUUGGAAGUAGAGAUGAUAGACUAAAACAUAGGGAUACGUGCCCGCAUCAUGUAGGUCAUGAGAGGAAAAAGAAUUAUGACAACGCUAAAGCUCGAAAAUCGAGGAAGGAAGCAGAUGGGGGAAGUCCAAACACUGCAAAGAAAGCAGGGAGUUCAGGUGCUCAUGGGAAGCCAUCAGGAGAUCAUACAGACAGCAAACGCAAACGACCUGCUGGAGGUAGUGGCUAG